AUGAUGGAUUUUGAUGAGCGUGUUCCCUGCUCCUCUAAUAUGUAUUUGCCAAGUUGUACUUACUACGUUUCGGGUCCUGAUUUCUCCAGCCUCCCUUCCUUCCUGCCCCAGACCCCGUCUUCUCGCCCCAUGACAUACUCGUACUCCUCCAACCUACCCCCGGUCCAACCCGUGCGAGAAGUCACCUUCCGGGAGUAUGCCAUUGAUCCGGCCACUAAAUGGCACCCCAGGACCAGUCUCCCCCACUGCUACUCGGCGGAGGAGAUCAUGCACAGGGACUGCCUGCCUGCCACCAACACGGCCGCCGCCGCCGCCGCCGCCGCCAGCAUGGGCGAGAUGUUCGGGAAAAGCUCGGCGGCCAGCGUCUACCACCACCCCACCACCAGCGCCGCCGCCGCCGCCUCCACCAACUUCUAUAGCACGGUGGGCAGGAACGGCGUGCUGCCGCAGGCGUUCGACCAGUUCUUCGAGACGGCUUACGGCUCGGCGGAGAGCCACGCGGACUAUGCCGGGGACAAGCACGGCGAGAAAAUGCCGCCCGGAGCAGCCGCCUCGGCCGCCGCCGCCGCCGCCGCCGCCUCCUCCUCGGCGGCAACUUCAAGUUCGGACGCGGGCUGCGGCAGGGAGGCGGCGGCGGCGGCGGCGGCGGCGGCAGCGGCGGCGGCAGGCGGCGCCCCGAGCGCGGCGGCAGCGGAGGAGAAGGAGAGGCGGAGAGCGCCCGAGAGCAGCAGCAGCCCCGCGUCGUCUUCCGGCAACAAUGAGGAGAAAUCCAGCAGCUCCAGUGGACAACGCACCCGUAAAAAGAGAUGCCCAUACACCAAAUAUCAGAUUAGAGAAUUAGAGAGGGAAUUCUUCUUCAGUGUCUAUAUAAACAAAGAGAAACGCCUCCAGCUCUCCCGAAUGCUCAACUUGACCGACCGUCAAGUAAAAAUAUGGUUUCAAAACAGAAGAAUGAAAGAGAAAAAAAUUAACAGGGACCGAUUGCAAUAUUAUUCAGCUAAUCCGCUACUUUAA